AUGGAGACACGCGGAGAGAAGAAGAAAAGAGAGGAGACAAACCGCGGGGGGAGGAAGGGGAUAUUUGAAUCCCGCGACAUUUUACGAAAGUGGCAAAGAGAUGCAAUCGUGGGGCAUAACUUACUUCCCCGUGUCUCUGGUCUCGCACAAUGCGUGCAGCUAGCAGCCAGCAGCGAGGAGAGACUAGGACAGAACCAGGACCAAGGACGCUGUCCAGACGGUACGAGUACGGAGUCCAACACGAUCCACUUGUUUGAGCUGGCGGCUCCGCUAGGUGGAGCCAAGAUCCCGGAUGCAUCAAUUAUCAUCGAUUAA